AUGCAUCUCAAUUAUAAAUUGUUAAAAUAACUCUGAAAAUUGUUUAUAUCCAAUUAAAAACCACACAAGAUGAUUAUAUUUUAAUUGAAAAAACCAAAACAAAAUGUUUCUGAUGAGGUAGACACAAAACGUGGAAGCCUGAAAGUGCAAGGAGAAGAAGACCCGAGAAGGAAGGGCAAAAGAACAGAAGAGUUCAAAAGACAAAAUGUAAGGGGUAAGUUCGUAAUUAAUACUUCAUGUCUUAAUAAAAGAGAAGCAGUUAGUUAAACGUGCAAGAAGCAGCCUCUCCACACCCACAUCAUCAAAGACAAAGAGGACAUCCCAAAAAGCUUUCCUUUAAAUCUUAAAUCUUGGUCGGAAUGUAUCACCGUUUGCCGUCGCUAAUGGAGCCGUUUCUCCGGAGAGUCUCGGCGCGUUGGCCGGUCAUUGUUCAAGCUACUACGUGGACGGUGCUGUUAAUGUUCACUGUAGCAGUCGCGUCUUUCGCUCCGGAGUUGGCGUUUGUGUCUACGGUGUCGUCUUCUUGCGGCGGAGGUGAUGGGUUCGUGAAGAUUCCGAUGGAUUUUCCGGGGGAGAGUGUGUGUGUUCCGUCUCACAUGGUGAAGAGAUCGCGUUUCGAUUUGUUCGUGCCUUCUAUUUUCGCGGGGGUUAUGGUCACGGCGUCUGCAUGUUUGAUCCGAUCAUGUUUUGGGACAGAGAACGUGGACGAUGUAUGAAAAUUGUAAUGAAUACAUUUUACUUUUUUAUAAAAUAAUUUGCAAAGCUUUUACCAAAAAUAAAAUUUGCAAUGCAAAAACUAGAUAACCGUUUAUUUGUCCAAUUUGAGACAUUAUACGCUGAUUCUUUUAAGCUGAGUCGUAUGAUAUUUUGCAUUCUUGCAUCAUUAUCUCUGAAACCACUAAGGGUCUUUUAAAUUAUUUUUUCUGUCUGAUUAAAAAGAAAAAAAUUAAAAAAUAUACUAAUUGCAGAUCGCCACGUAUCGGUAGGGUCUGAAAACAGUGCAAGAAAUAGACUAAAGUCGGUCCUUAUUGGAUGUUUUUUGUGACCGAUUCUUACAGAUUCUUACGUUUCUCUAGGGUCUAUGCAAUAUUUUUUUCUCUAAAAAUCCCUUUAAAAACCUGCGAUAAUCCUGCCUUUAGAUAAGUGUGCUUUUUUUUUUUUUUUUUUUUUUUUUUUUUUAGAUAAGUGUGCUUUGGUUAAGACUUCCAACAAUUUGAAUGUGUUAGGUAUUCACAUUUUAAAUAAGAAAUACAGUAACAAAUCUUAAAUACUUUCAAAAUUUGUGCCAUGACACCUAAACUCACUCUUAAAUAAUUUGAAAUUUGAAAAUUCAUUUUUAAACAUGUUUUUUUUUUUUUCACUGGAAAUUUUAUUAAACAUGUUAGAUAACAAAGAUUCAAAACUAUAGGCUAAAAGCCCAUUAUAAUCAUAAACCCAAUUGAAUAUAUGCGAAAGCUAGCUCACGUGGCAGCAAAGAGCCUAGACACGAAGUUGCAUGCAGUCGCCCACGUGUUGA